GAGCGCCGUGCCGGAAAACCGCAGCGGUGUAAGCGGAAGCGGGGCCGGGGGCUCCCCACCUUUCGGGGUUUCGCAAAGCAGCGGUUGCCGAGCAUCCUCCCAGCCCUGCAGCGCUCCCGGUGCCGGCAUCGUAGCCGUGCCUCCGCUAUGUGACGCCGAUCGGCUGGUUCUCAUCCCGGCAGGACGGCGACGAGGAGGAAAUCAAGCGGCACCAAGCGGCUGUCGCCCGGCCCCAGCACCCAGACCUCCUAUUACAGCGAGUCUUUGGUGAGCGAGUCCUACCUGGGGGGCAGCCGGGGGCUGGCCGCGCUGGAUGAUGCUCUGGAUGGCAGCACUUACUGGGGCAGGGAGCUCUCCACCAGGAGGAGAAGGGAUACAGGGGACACGGAGUCCAGCAAAGUCAACGGGCUGCUGGAGAGCCGAACUUAUGACACCUACGCCUCCUCCUCGGGGUACUCCUCAGAAGACGACUAUGCAGGACAGCUCUACUCUGCCCACAGCAGCUCGGGGUCAGGGCUGAGGACCGCUGCCUCUAGGGUUGGCUCCUUCCUGUGGCAGGUGUUCACUGCACCAGCCCGAUUUGUGGGAUGGCUCCUGUCCUGUAUAGCCACCGCCUGGCACCAUGUCACUGGAAGGGCUCCCCAACUACAGCGCGUCCCCCUGUCCAGGCGCUACCCGCGGCUGAAGAAGUCCCUGUGGUUGCUGCUGCUCCUCUUGUUCCUUGCUGCAGUCGCUUAUGGUGCGUGGUACCUGUACCCAUAUGGCCUGUCAGCACACAGCCUCCCCACCUUCUCAUGGUGGGGAGCGGGACGCUUCUCCUCCUCAGACGUGCCCGGGGCACGGGACAUGACUGCACUGGACCAGGGGCUGCGAGGAGAGCAGCAGCUCCUGGCCCGUUUCCAGUCCCUGGAGAAGCGUUUUGAGGCACUGGAGGCUGCGGUGUCACGCUGGGAGCUGGGGGUGGCCGGGGGUGAACCCCCACCGACGGGAGACAUGCUGGGCCUGUUGGAAGGGCUGUUGGAUCGCCGUCAGGCCAGCAUGGAGGAGCGGCUGCGCAGUGACAUGACCGGGCACCUCCAGGGUGAGCUGGACGCCCUGCGGACGCAGCUGCAGGCUGAUGUGGAUAAACGUCUGGGGAAGAUGGCGCAGGCCUCGCAGGAGAUGGAGGCCCGUCUGCAGGAGCUGAAUGCAGAGUGGCAGAGGUCGGUGCAGGAGGAACUGCAGGGCCACUGGCAGCGGGCGACGGGUGAGCUGCAGCGGGAGGUGUCAGCACUGAGGAGGGAGCUGGCAGGGCUGCGCUCAGACCAGGAGGCUGUGAGCAAGCAUCUGGAGGCUGUGCUGGAGCAGAUCAAGGCAACACGGGCUGAUGUGGAAGCACAGAUGCCAGCAUGGAUCAGCCGCUUCCUGGCACAGCCCCGGCAGGACGACAGCACGGCCGGGCUGCUGCUCCAGCGGGAGGACUUACAGGCAGAGCUGCGUGCACUGGAGCUCCGGAUCCUCGCCCAAAUGCGGGAGGAGCGUGGGCUGGCAGCACGGGACAGCAUUGGUGUGGCCCUGCGGCAGGGGGGAGCCGGGGGGGUGACAGAAGAGCAAGUGCACCUCAUCGUGGACCAAGCACUGAAGCGCUACAGUGAGGACCGCGUAGGGAUGGUCGACUACGCCCUGGAGUCAGCAGGGGCCAGUGUCAUCAACACCCGCUGCUCUGAAACUUAUGAGACAAAGACAGCACUGCUGAGCCUGUUUGGGAUCCCUCUGUGGUAUCACUCACAGUCCCCACGCGUCAUCCUGCAGCCAGAUGUCAACCCCGGGAACUGCUGGGCCUUCCGUGGCUCCCAGGGCUUUGCUGUCAUCCGCCUCUCCAGCCUCAUCCACCCCACAGCCGUGACACUGGAGCACGUUCCCAAAGCACUGUCACCCCAGGGAACUAUCCCCAGUGCCCCUAAGGACUUCACUGUCUAUGGCCUGAAAGAGGAGCGAGAGGAGGAGGGCCUUCUCCUGGGGCGCUUCACCUACAACCAGGAUGGUGACCCCAUCCAAACAUUCUACUUCAAGGGUGACGACGUGGGCGCCUUCCAGCUGGUGGAGCUGCGUGUGCUGAGCAACUGGGGCCACCCCGAGUACACCUGCAUCUACCGCUUCCGCGUGCACGGGGAGCCGGCGCUCUGACCUCCCUGCUGCCAGACAGGGCCGUCCUGGGAUGCAGGAGGUUGCACUGCCCUUCGCCUGCGCUGCUGCUUGCGGAGGAAAGGACUUUUUGCCUGCAGGGGGGUGAGGCGAGGACAUCCUGCGCGGGUGGCUCUCGGUGCGUUUCGGACACUUCUGACUUCUGAAGCUCAUUUUUUUUCUAUUGGGGCUGCGCCGUCUCCUUUCUGGUGGCACAUAUAAGCUUCCCACAACUGGGAAGGAGGGAACUCCGUGAUGCGCUGGGGCACCGUGCAGCGUGGUGCUCCCCUCUGUGUUUCUCAAGAUCUUAAGGACCUCAAACCCUUCGAUGCUGGGCAGGCAGAGGGGACAUGAGACAGUGUUAAUUGAGUAUUGUAAAAGUAAAGGUUUGGGAGCUAGAGGGGAGAAACGUGGCAGGUGUGGGCUUCAAAGCCAGUCCUGGGCUGAGGUCCAUGCACUUGGACCAACAACUGUGUUGGGUCCCAGUGUUGCUCGGGUUCCCCAUGCGUGGGGCUGCCUGUCCUGCUUGCUAAGCUUGAGGAUGCUACGUUCAAACCUCGCCUGCUUCCCCUUUUGGAUUUGC